UCAGGAGAAAUUGCUGGAAAGAGGAUGUGGGAUUAGGGUGGUGUGGGGGGAGGGGCACCAGAGCCUACCCAGGGCAGUUCUUUGUCCAUUCUGUCCUCCUGCCUGGGAGAAAAGCACAUCUCUUUGAUUAGGCCUGAAGUCCCCUACACCCUCAGCCCCUCCUCAGGAUGGAUGUAGGACCCAGCUGCCAGCCCCAACAUGGACUCUACCUGUUGCUGCUUCUGCUGGCUCUGCCACUCAGGAGCCAGGCCAGCACCAGCUGCUAUGGAAUCCCAGGGAUACCAGGCCUGCCGGGGACUCCUGGGAAGGAUGGGCAUGAUGGACUCCAGGGGCCGAAGGGUGAGCCAGGGAUCCCAGCCAUCCCCGGGGCACGAGGACCCAAGGGUCAGAAGGGCGAGCCUGGCUUGCCUGGCCAUCGUGGGAAAAAUGGCCCCAUGGGGACCUUCGGGUUGCCAGGGGAUCCAGGCCCCAUGGGACCUCGUGGGGAGCCAGGUGAGGAGGGCCGAUACAAGCAGAAGCACCAGUCGGUGUUCACCGUUACCCGGCAGACCUCCCAGUACCCAGCGGCCAACAGCCUGGUCAAGUUCAACUCUGUCAUCACCAACCCCCAGGGGGACUAUGACACCAGCACAGGGAAGUUCACCUGCAAAGUGCCAGGCCUCUACUACUUUGUCUACCACGCGUCACUGACGGCCAACCUGUGCGUGCAGCUGUUACACAACCAUGCCAAGGUGACCAGCUUCUGCGACCACAUGGUCAAUAGCAAGCAGGUCACCUCGGGAGGAGUUCUGCUGCGGCAGCAGAGGGGCGAUGAGGUAUGGCUGGAAGUCAACGACUACAACGGCAUGGUGGGCACUGAGGGCUCGGACAGCGUCUUCUCGGGCUUCCUGCUCUUUCCCGACUAGAGUGGCAGGCGGGCUCCAGCCCCCAGCCCCCCACCUCACUUCCUCGGCUUCCUCCAUCCUCACUCAGACCCUUCCACACUGCUGACCUCUUCCUCCGGGAGGUCUGCCUGGGUCCUGACCCAGCUUCUUCAGGAACCACCUACUGAUACCAUUCCUGUGGCAGUUUGCCAACACCUUGAGACUGCUUGUUUGUUUUCAGGUGGGGAGAUACAUAAAUAAAAAGGUCACUAAAUA